AAUUACCUAAUUUCAGACCCAGAGUGAAUUUGACGGGCACUCUAAAACGUGUCCGGUUUGGAGCCACCUCUGAUUUGAACUUUUUUGAAGCGAAAAAUUGGGCAACUUGGAGGCAAUGGGUCAACACAAAGGAGUGGCUCAGUUCGAUUGACUCUGGCCCCAGAGCAAACUUCAACAUGCCAGUUUCCUUCCACAAACAUAUUUCGAGUGAAAAAUCAACGUUGAUGAUCGUUUUGGGUCUAUACAAAUUUGGCUGUCAAAACGUUCCGGUAUCGAGCCGUCUCCUCUACAUGGUCCGUGUAUCCUGUCUUCCUUUUGUGCAGGUUCGGACGCAGGGCUGUGACUGUCGACGGUCCAAAUGCCGUCAAGCGAAAGUAUAUUGCCGUCAUCUCCGGAGAAAUCGUUCCCGUCAACGGUGAGCAAUGACAUCCACAGGGCCGGCGGUGCUGAGAUACGCUUUACUGGCCCACCGUCAGCCCGUGGCUUUCUGACUCUGCUUCUGUGCGCCAUCGCUGCCUUCUGCGCGGUUGAUUUUUCACUCAGGAUCUCGACGAGAUAUCCGCAGAUCGAGUUCUGGUUUCGCUCUAUCGUGCAGCCCAGCUACGUCGGCACUCCAGAGGCGGCGGAAAUUAUUUUACAACCAUUGACAUGGCAGCAGCGCACUGCAUCGACAACAUUCGUAGAUUUGAAGCACGCUCUCGCAGGAAGCUCGCACCAUGGGAUGACUGCAAUUUCCAAGCGGAGUUCGACUAACACUAGCACUACCAAUGACACUCAGGAUGGUGGACAAGCCACCGCGGAUGAUGCCACUGUGGGGAAUGGUGUGGCGGCCGCUAGUACUCCCACUGGAGAUGCCAGUGAAUGGACAAGAGUGGCUGUAAUCGUGCCAUAUCGCAACAGGAGCAGACAGCUGCAUAAGUUCGCCUCGUCUUUGAGAGAGUUUCUACGAGGGCAGCGCAUCGUCUUUGAAGUGUUUAUCGUGGAGCAGUCGUUCACAAGCCGCUUCAACCGUGGCGCGCUGUUCAACAUCGGAUUCGUGGAGAUGAAUCGCGGACGUCCAGCGGACAAGCAGUUCCAAUGCAUCGUGCUGCAUGACGUGGACUUGAUACCCGUGGCGAAGCGGAACACGUACGACUGCAUGCAGACGCCCAAUGUGUGGGCAUGGCAACUGAGUACCGCUAUAGAUGUGUACGACUGGGGACUACCGUUUGAGACGACCGCAGGCGGUGUAAAUAUGUUCAUAAGCGAGCGAUACGCACAGGUGAACGGUUUUAGCAACAGAUACUUUGGCUGGGGAGGAGAAGACGAUGACCUUCAGAAACGCAUAAAAGUGCUUGGUGGUUAUCGACGCCUGGACAAGAGCAUCGGACGAUACGUUGCUCAGAAGUCAGGACACACUGUCGGGCGCAAGAAUCCGUUGCGUUUCCAGCUGCUACGGGUGGCGGAAAGGCUCGCGCAACACGAGGGGCUUCCGACGAUCAGAUACCGUCUGCUGGAGCGACAAUCCAUUGAGCAGUUCACCCUGCUUCACGUAGACAUUUGGCCACACGAGGACGGUGAUGUGCACAGGUUCAGCGAUGCCGGCCUGAGCGAGAGACAGCUGCAAAUGAAGUACCGAUUCGUUCCGCCGCCCGAGAUCAAGUACGAAAAUUAGUACUUUGAAAUAGGCACCAAGUCUCACCGGCAUCCUGUAAGCACAGUGUCUUGUGGAUGCGGCAUCCUGUAACUGCACAGUGUCUUGUGGAUGCGGCGGCAUCAUUGUUGUUCAUCUCAGCUACAUUGUUUGUUAUGCUGUCUCGUUGAACUCUGGAUCUGCUCAGACUCGGCUUAUUCAGUCCUCCGGAUAUUCUCUGGAUCUGCUCAGACUUGGCUUAUUCAGUCCUCCGGAUAUCCGUAUCUACCGCCGACUAAAAAUAUCGCUCUCAUGCAGUAAGUACUUUUUUUAUAAUUAUUAUCAUAAUAUUAUUAUCUACACAUGCAGAACGUUGAGGCCUUCUUUAAUUAAAAAACUUCAGCAUUCAGGGUGGAGGCUUUGUAAAGAGCAUUAAAGUUCAAACACACGA